AUGAAUAGGGAUAAGUCGCCCGAGGAUGAUUCUGUGCCUCUUUCGCCUAUGGAUGAGGACACUUCAAUGAGAGAUUCUGAUUCGACGAUCUCUGAAACCGAACCUGCCGUUGACCUUGCAAAUAUGCCCCGUAUUAUAGAGAGGCGUCCGAGGAAUAUCCCAAGCAAUGCGGCUGGUGAAUACCAGACCUACGAAUCGGUGCGCAUCAAUGGGGCAUCCAGGGCAACCCCACAAACCCCCCCUCCGCCAGUGUCGACAAAGAUGAUCGUGGAACUGAGCCCGCUGGAAAGACAUACUCCCUUUUCAAAAAGAGUUGAACACCUUUUUUACGACUCAUGGCUCGAUCGAACCAAAGGCUCCCACGUUAAAGAGAUAAUCCUCUUCGAUAUCAAAACUGUCCCCUCUCAACCCGACGAGCAGAGGCCUGGUACAUUCAAACCCGCCAAUCGCGAUCUUGAACUGCUCACCCUGCUAGGAGAUUUUCCACUACGAUUCUGUGGUGCUCGUCGCGCCUGCCAUAUUGGGGAUCUUGGUUACCCUUUGGAGAUUUGCCACAAUGUCGAAUGCGCCACCUGCUCGGUUUUUCGGGAGCAGUACACAGCCAGAGAAGCGGGUAUGGGAUUUGAAUUGGGGCCCAAAAUACUCACUAGCUCCAGCUCAUCUCAAGCUGAUGCUUUCACAACGAACCACCACAUUCGCUCGUCCCAGCAUGCCAUGAUACUCUGUGCAUGCCCAAAGAUCGCACAAUCGGAUCCCCAGACCGUGCCUCCAGAUCCAGAUGCCCCUCCUCCGUACACAGCAUCUGCCUCCCUCGGUACAGUUGUUGUUCCGAUCGGACUAAUCACUUAUACUCGGACAGGCUGGCAUCUUUGA